CCUCCUUCCUCUAACCUUUGCUGUGUUUGCCUGCCUGUGUUUGUGGAAGGUCUGACCGAAACCAGUCUGCGCUUUUCUUUACCUGCGAAACGCUCGUUUCACUUCAAAAAUUUAAGUAGUAUGAUGUUGAACGGUACAUUCUGUUCAAAAACAUCUACAAUCAUUUUGGUGACAAGGUAAAACAGAGGGAGAAUUUUACCAAACAUCAUUCUCCCUAUGCUCAACAACAGGCUGUUCCCGCAACUCGAGUAAUCCUGAAGCAAAAUGUGGAAGGCAUUUUCCCGUUCUGUGUGUGAUGUUGUGGAAAGACGGGUGGGCUUUACCGUCUUCCGUAGUGAUGUCUCGAACUCGAAUACAAGGUCUGGCCCUGCCAAAAGACGCAAGAUACCAUGUCAUGGGCCGAUUUCCAGCAUCAUCCCGCAACUGAAGACGUACUGUCCUCUCAAGCACCUUAAAGCAGCAAGGCAUGGAGCAACCAGUCAUGAGCACACUGGAGAAAGACAGCAGCGACACAAGACUCAUGCCAAGUGGCGUGAACCUCCUAUCACAUGCUUGGGGGCUAUGGCGAUGGGAUGGAGCACUGCAUUAGUACUAGGUUGGUACUUGAGCAAACCGCUUGGCCGACGUAUUUUUGGUGAUUCUUAUCUGAAAGAUAGGAGGCUCCAUUCUUCUCACUAUUUUCCACUUGGACGAAUAGUUCAUGCACAGUCUCCUAUCCAACCAUUGGGAAUACGUCCUACAUCUUACAGUUCUUCAUUUGAGGGAGAGGCAAGCCAUGCCACCAGUUUCAAUAGCAGCUUAACAUCGUCAUCAAGCACUGAUGAAGUGUUUUCUCCUCAAAGGGGUCCUUUUACUCCAGAAGAGGCCUUGGAUGAAGUGUCUCGAGUAUUUGAAGCAGCAAGCAGGGCUCUCUCUGGUGAUGUUGAAAACAAAUUGGGGAUGGUGUGCAUGGCCAAUGGACACCACACUGAGGCUAUGAAGCAUUUUCGUCGUGCCUCUCAUCAUGAACAUGCUGUUGCUGCUUAUAACCUGGGCCAAUGCUAUGAGCUUGGCUUGGGUACUGUCCGUAAUCUUAAAAAGGCUGCUAAAUGGUACAAGAUUGGGAGUGACCGCGGCCAUCCCACAGCCAUGUACAACCUUGCUGUGUUUUUAGCAAAUGGCUGGGGUGGUCUCUGCGAAGAUCACAACAGAGCACUGGAAUUGCUCAAUUUGGCCUCGAAUUUGGGGCUGAAGGAGGCUAAAGAUGCCUUAUGCUUGAUUGACAAGGAUGCCUAUGGUCCAAGUGACUCUCAGUUCGAGGCAGGUGUGCCCUCAGACGUGAAAGAUUCCACCAACGAAUUCCUCCAGUUGAUUGGAGCAACUUCAAGGAACUCCAAGACAAGGCCUAUUGUUAUAAAAUGCAAGCCAAAACAGACCUAUUUAAGUCAUCUAGAUUGGCUCGAUCUUUCUUCUUCAUCUUUGUCUCCAUCCAUCAUCAGCGAAGAUAUGUCUCAAUCAGAUGAGUCGUAUCUCUAUUCAGGCCUUUGUUUGGAGAGUGAUUGGUCUCAGUCUUCCAGCAACUCUCCUCACAUCCAUCAGGUCAAUGACAAUGUCUUGCACAAUAGAGAAUCCAAUUCAAUUGGUUCAGAGUCUUUGGAUGAAGCAGCUACUUGCAGGAAAUUCAGCAAACCAGUACGCAGUGUGCCAUAAUGAUAGGUAACUUAAGAAAAGAGGAGAACAAAUUGUCACAUUGUUAUGAGGAAAGAAACUUCUAGGAGCUUGAAUUGAUUGUCUUAAAGAAAUGUGCUGUGAAAUUAUUAACCUUUGUAGAAAAUAGAAAGUAUUGUACUUAAUUUUGUGUAGCUUAAUCAAGUGGAAAAAAACUUAUUGUGUGGGACUUGAGUGUUUCACUGCUUCCUUUAUUGUUAUAAUAAUAGUAAUAACAAAUUUAUAUGAAUUUUCCUAAGGUCCUUUUAUCAGUGCUAACUUUUGAAAAAAAGAUUUUUCAUGGAACUGAAAUUGAAACUUGCUGUUAAUCUUUAUUUGUGGGUUCAUACAUCUUUAUUAAAAUAUUAUGAUUUCUUCCUAUAGUUUUAGUAGAAUUGCUCAUUGAAAGACCUGUUUGGGGUAGGUAAGCUGCUGCUUAAGAAAGGAGCAUGGUCAUGGGAUGUAGUUCUAGGUUACCCUUUGUGGAUUGGUUGGCUGUUCAAUACUUUUUACCUCAUCUGAUAUGGUACAAAUUGGGUGUACCCUCCAGAAAGAGCACCAUUGUCCUUCAUUUCAAUUUCAUGAAGUCAUUUGAAUAAGUCAUUCUUUUUGCAUGGAAUUGUCUUUCUACUUUCUGAAGUUUUGUUCUUUGGCAAAGAUCUUGUGUCAUUCAUUUAAACCAUCAAAAACUAUUAGCAUUAAGAUUUGCUACUGUGAUCUUCAUUGAAGACGGAGCUUUUGGAGUGUCAUAACAACUUUAUCUGUUUUCAAUAAUUGUCUCUAGUUUAGUGGUAAUAUCAAGUCAUUUUUGCGCAUUGUGAUUUCUGUUGUUGUGGGGGUGAAACAAAAUUGUACUGAUUCGUUCAUUGCUAAAUAGAUCCCUUUAAUUUUACGCAUGA